AUUGAAGAAAACGAGGGAGAAAAGAGUGACGAUGAUGAAGCCAGAGGGAAAAGGAUAGCGACGAGGCAAUUAUGCAAAUCGUACAAUUGGCAGAGGCGGAGAAAAAAAAACAAUGUAACUUGGAGGAUUGUAAAUAGUACAGUGAUAGAGAGGUUUAAUCACCACCGAAAAUUUAUCAACAAUAUUAAAUGUGAGAUAACUUCACAGUGGUAGCUAUUAUGUUUAUUACGCUCCGGAAAUCCCAGUGCGAUAAGAGGACAUUCUAUUUUCCUCCCAGUUGCCUAUUAAAUAUUUUCCAUAUAGAAGUUUAUCGUGCAAUCCAGGGGGAAAAAAAUGGAGAGUUGAUUGUGCUCGACGGGGAUUCAUUCCAAGUACUCUGCAGUCGAAUCGUGAAAGACCGAGAAAUAGGGGUGCAAAAAGACGUGAAGAAUGAAUGGAGCUGGCUGAGGGCAACAUGAGCCAAGGUUAAUGCCGACUGGUUUUGGAUCCUGAGAACACAGAACGUGGGGCCCCGGUAGCAGACAAAAGCGUCGCGACCUAAUGUCUGCAAGGGUCUACUCUCGGUGGACGGGUUGAGAGGAAAACCAAAAGCACCCUCCUGACGGAAGAGGGCACCUAAGCAGCAGAUAACAACUUCUGAAUGAUGAUUGAAUCUAUCCAGAAAAAAAGGGAUCUGCUGCAUCGGCCCGCUCCUCUGACAAUGCAAUGGGGAGAGGUAGACGGAUACACACGCAAUCGUAGGGAGAUGCGAAAGAAUCGCAUAAAAAAAUGAAGAGGAAAAAAAAUAAAGGAAAAUACAAGGAGGCGUUAACAGGCAGGUUGUACCGCACCUAUUAAGUCGGCAUUCGAAAUCGCAUGUAACCCGUUGGCGUGCCUUUGGCUUCCGCAAUUAGAGUCCAACGACCCCAACUGUAUUUGCCACACGUGAAAUAAAAGUGAAGGUGAGGGGACAUAACCGGGGAGGAGGGUCAGCUGAAUUGUUGACGAUUGGUUUCGUAAUUUCGGCUGGACCACUGAAAGCGAAGAUCAUCUGUCUUAAGGAUUUUUUCAAUCCACCUUAUGAUACCAUAACGGCGAUAUGUCAGUGGAUGACGAUGAGAUUGGCAGAUGCGUGUGGAUCCGGAAGAGACUUAGCUAAUUACAACGAGAAUGGGAAAGGGGCUUAAGGGAUAGGAUGGCCAACUAAAAAGGCAACUGAGCUUAGUCACAGCUGAUGGGAGUUACUGUGAGCUGCACAAGCUCAUUAACCAGACAGCGUAAGAGCGAUGCAGUUCAGAUCGUGGGGAUAAGGAUGCCAGUGUGCUGUUUAUGUGUAUGUGUGUGUGUGUAUAUAUAUGCUACUUCUGGGGUAAGAUCGUCGGGGGAUUUGAAACGAGUGAAUUAGCUGAUGGCAGAGUUCACACGUAUGACAUUGAACUUGAUGAUCACUCGUGGUACCGUGGUUGAGAUGUUGAAGAGGAGAGUUAGUUCGUAGAGGUAUUCGCGAUGCGUUUCAUUUCUGAGACGGUCAAAGACACCUUCGACCAGAACGUGAUUCCAUGAUCAUGCGAAUCCCGUGCCAGGAAAUCACAGCGCGUUAUCCACCGACCACCCGUGAGAUUUCUUUGGUGACGGAGAAGUGAAAUAAAAUGUUUUUCUCUCCAUUUGUUCGGGGCAUUCUAUCAUAUGCACCUAGACCUUCAGCUGGAAAAUUUUUUUCUCCUCUGCUGGGUACAGGGGUUGUUUUGCAAAAGACAAUUCUACUUCUACUUGAACGAUUCAACUGCGGGGGUCCACAUGUCAAGCUAAAAUGAAAUGCAAAAAACCUCCAGACGUUUAAAAAAAAUGACGGAACUAAUGGAAUUCGUGAGACGAUGAAAAAAAAAGUCGAGUCUUCCCCGUAGGGCUCGGAAGAUUCGAGAAUAGUUGUACCAAUAUUGAAUUCUAUUUCAGAAUUGUUGGGAAUUCUCGCGGUAGAAGAGCCUUGUGCUUCUUCAAAAAGCUACCCAUACCUGAUCAAUGCAUUCUUCUUUAUUCUCUAUUGUAUCGGGCUCGCAUAUCGCGAUAGCAGGCUUUAUCAUUCAUCGAUUCUAACAGUACAAGCCAAAGGUGCAUCAGAGGAGACUGGGGUGCGAGAGGAUCAAACGAUAGGGCCCCUCACAGCGUUGGAAUGAGAGAAGAAAUUGUAGAGCUGGGACUCCUUCAUGCAGAAUGCCCGCGCGUGCGAGCAGUACCUGCCGUGAUCCAAUCUUCUAGUGGUAUAGUGAGUAGUACCUGCUGAUAUUUUACUGUCAACCGAUGUGCUUCUGAACCCGUUGUCCCCCUCCCAUGAUCAGAUUGCGCUACCGGUUAAAUCGAAAGACCGAGUGAGAGACCUUAUGGUCUCCUUAGCCACAUUUGGCCCCUUAAUCAUGAUUUUUCACCAACAAUUUAACCAUUGAAUUACUUAUUGGCGAUUCAGGUUGAACGGGUCAGGCGGUUUUCUCGUACAUUUUUGGUAUUAAACAUGGUAAUUGGUGAUCCCCCGGGUGAUUCCAGUCAGAUCGACUUGUUUUAUUCUAAGUAGUCGUGUAACCUACAAAUAAUAUUAUCAGAUCUGUUUGUCCAUUACUCAACUGUCUAUCUGUCUGUCAAUAUCCGUCGGAUUUUACAGCCUUGAUUUUUCUUCAAUACUGUAAACUCUUAAAUCUUACAGUUACCGUAAGUGUCACUGGGGCGACGAAAGGGAUAUUCCAGUGAUUUAAGUCCAACUUUAUCAGUCUUUUACCUGUACUGCAUGUACAGUGUCAAUGACCUAUUUCGUCAUGUUUCCUCGGUUGUAGAAAAAGUGUGAAUGAGAUUUUGUGAUACUGAUGCUGUCAGUGUACGUGGGGAAUGUCAAGGCUCCUCGUACCUCUCCACUUUUCGUUGUCUUCUAUUUUUAUAGCUAUAAUCAUUAUAAUAACCUCUUAAUGGAAACGGGAUUUUUUUUAACAAUGUCUUGAGAAGGGUUCACAUCUGUGAAAUUUCCGAAAUUUCUUCUUGAAUAGAAAAUUACGAGGUCAAGUUAUUAUUGGAUAAUAUUUUUUUGUCGACCGGCCAAUUAUCUCUGAAGGCCGAUAAAUAAUAGAAUAAUUGAGUUGAAUCUCAUAAAUUAUUAAUUUCCCAGUGUAAUUUUGUAUUUGUUGGUUAUACUGAUAGAAACGUUCACCCUGUGAUGGCUUAAUUCACGAAAAUUAUUGUCCUCGGAAUUUAUUUGAAAAAAUAUAUCAUCAAUUUUGUGACAAAAUUGACUGGCCGUAAAACAUGGAAUUUUGUUAUUGAUUUAUGGCUGACGUGGCAAUGAAAAAUUGAGAACAGUGCGUGCUAGUAUGAUAGAUCCUGAAGCGCAUGUUGAUCAUCCGCGGCUAUCAUCACGUUACACCAUGCCAACAACGUCAACUCCUCAAGACCAUCCAGUUUAUUCGUGGCAAUUACGAAACAGCUCGCAGGACAUAAAUCGCUCCAGAUCCAAUUAUCUUGUACAACAACAUUUUGUCAUGACAAUUUUUGUCCGACGACCACCAAGAAUUUCAAUUCAUUUCUAUCUACUUUGAAACAUGAGACAUUUCCUUGGAGUGAGAUAAUGAGUUUUUCAUGAAGUCCAUGGUUUUGUUGCUUUUGCAUCUCAAGAGAAGUUCUGUCAUCGUACAAAUUUGCUUUUUCAUUUUUUACUUUAAUUAACACUGAGCGAUGAUUUUCAAGCAUUUCAAUAAUUCCGGGAGAAUUAACAAAUUGAUCGUUUAUCAAUCAAAUUGGAGGUAAUCCCACUCAUUAGAAUCGAAUGCAAAUAAUUGCAAUAAUUUAUUAGCAAAAAUAUCUACGUCCGAUACAAUGCAAGAGUAAUUUCCCACUUGUUUUUUCAAGUUGGAAGUGCAUUGAAUGGAAUGAGAGAAAAAGUGACAGGCAAUAGGCUUUCAACAUUCUCAUGAGUCCUCUCUCGGUGCCUUCAAAUGUUUGGAAGUCAAACAAAGUCAUUUCUUGAGUAUAUCCGUGGAACCAUGGCCCACAUGGGAUCAAACCACUCAAAUAUUGUUCGACUUAUCUCGUGAAGGAAAUGUGAACACGUUAUGAGUUUGAAUAUUUUUUUUUUGUCCACCCGAUAACAUUUUUUCAAUCAAUGGAUGAUACCCAUUCUGACUGAAUUUCCAGGCGAACAGCAUCAUCUUCACGAGGUCAAUUGGCACUCGUGUAUUUUUAUCCUUUCGGUAAAUCUUCACCGGGAGUCAUUGAAUACCGAACGGUAAAAUGCUGCCCCACGAGAUUGACAUUUCCUCGGUGUUAAAGACGAGAUUGAGGAAUAAAAAAAAAGUCAAAAAAAUGCAUAUACACACAGCUAUAUGGUUAAGGAACACUCGAUAAGCGGUGACGCGAGAGUGAGAUUCCGGAGGAACGAGUCUUCGUUUUGCCGGAAAGGAUCAUUGACCUUUGGAAAAGGGAAAAAAAGAAGGUGCAGGGGAGGACGGAGGGAGGGGGUGGUGGGUGAGAGGGAGAAAGAGAGAGAGAGCAAAAAAAAAUAUAAGGAAAAGAGAGUGGUAUCCCGUCGAUCGGAAAUCCAAGCGGGCAAAUCCCAGCCCAUGGGUCCCUACGAUAACGAUUCCGAUGAAUCGUAAUCGUUAUGGGUUGCAAGUCUUACACUACACACUUAUACCGAAUGGAAAAAGGAACAACUGUAACGUAUCUUUACGGUUCGAUCGAGGUCCUUGGCCAUGAAGCCGAGGGUGGUCCCAAUGGGAACCCCGAUACGAGAUAAACCCAUAAGGGACACAAGUAGAGCCAUAGAGGAAGCUUAUCCAUUCUUAUCCGUUGCAACAAACUACGACAAUUUUUUCAACAUUUUCUGGUAAUUUUUUUGCCCAUCAAUAUUUAACCGAGUACUCGUGGAAUAUGGUAAACUCGUCAGACGCCAUUUUAUUUGCGGAAGCUCCCGAUCUCGAAGGGACGAGUUCAAGGACGACUGGAUCCUUCGGCGAAUGGAAUUCUCGGGGUUGUGCGAAGGCGUAAUGAUAAGGAUGGGGUUAUAUGGACUAGUGGGCAUCAACAAUUUUAUGGGACACCGGAAAUUCAAGACUCCAGAGGUAAGUAUUUGGUGGGGCUAUAAAAAUGUUGCAAUCAUCGGGGAAAAAUAUGGCUGCUAUAAUUUCCGUGAAGUCGUUGAUCGUCUAUUGCAUAAGGAGGUUGAGUCAAAGGUAAGUGCUAACCCUAAAAUUAGUAUAAUGGAAUUGAGGAAAAGACAGUUAGAUUUUUUAACACACAGCCAUUUCCUUCGAAGAGUUCACUCUGCUGUGGGUAUUAAUCAAGUGAUUGUCCAGAGUCAAUUAGGCAUUCCUCAUUCUUCUGAGUAGAAUUAAUCCGCUAGGCAGAGCUUCUAGGAACAUUACACGCAGGAAUCUCGACUAUGCAUCGGAGCCGCCGGGUAACGACAGAACUGGACUUCCUUCUAAUUAUCUGCAGCGAUUCCCCAGGUGUAUCAGGGAGGAUACAGCAAUUCCCCGAGUUUUUCUAUCACUCGAAUUUAGCGAUAAUGCGACUGAAGAUUAGCGACAUGCUCUUGAGCACAAAAAAAGUUACUCCUCUUCGAUGAACAGUAGUUUGCAAAAAUCAACUCCUGGAUGAUGGAAGAGGCAUUCGCAGUACGUAAUUAUCCCAGGUUUGUGUGCUCCCACCAAUUAUAGUCCCCGAGAGCACGCCAUCAACAUCAGAGCCAGCCUUUUUCCAUACAACGUUCGUCUUCUUCACAGCAGCAUUUUACCCACAUACUCCUUCAUCUACCAUAAGGCUGU